GGUUUCUUCAACAGCAGUAACUUUGCCCACAAGAAAUGGCCAAAUUACCAAAUAUGAAACCUCUCUUUCCAGGCACAUUGCCCCCUCCACCUGGAGUGACACCAAACAUCCAUUUCUCGCAAUCGAAAUGGAACAUCCUCACGCAAGUACUAUGCAUCACUAUCACUACCAUUUUCAUUCUUUUACGAUUUGUCACCAAGUAUGUUGCAUCUUUACCACUAUGUGCAGAUGACUGGGUUUCCCUGGGCGCCUGGGCUUUAUCGACCAUCUAUUCCUCACUCUGUCUGGCCCUUGGUCCAUUGGGUAUUGGAAUUCACGCAUGGAAUAUUUCUCCUACCAAGUUCCAAAGAUUCAACAAGGUCGGUUACGUUAUCGAAGUGUUGAACGGUCCCGCUAUAUUCACCACGAAACUUGCCAUCUUACUCCUGUUGAUUCGCAUAUUUCGAAUUAAGAAGAGAUUUGUUCUCUUCGUGAGCGUCUUCUCAGCUGUGCUCGGGUUAUAUUACAUCGCAACAACGCUUGUGGUAACCUUUAUCUGCAAUCCUGUUCCAAAGUUCUGGGAUCAGAAACGACCUGGCAAGUGUCUGAACACGAAUGUCAUUUUCAUUUGCAACUGCGUCGUUUCCCUAGUCACAGAUGUGAUGAUUUUAGUCCUACCGCUUCCUGUCAUUUGGAGUCUUAAUAUGACUCUCAAACAAAAGAUUGGAAGUAGCUUUGCGCUGGCUGUUGGUGCUGUGGCCUGUGUGAUGGGUGUACUACGACUUGAGGUCUCCGUGAGAACAAUGGACGACUACGAUAAGAGCUAUGUAUUUGAACCCAUUCUUCUUUACAGUUCUGGUGAAAUUGCCAUUGGGAUCAUAUGCGGUUGCAUUCCUGUUUUGCCAGCUUUGCACCGCUACUUCAAAAAGGGGAACAAAUCAUCCUCAUAUCCAAGUUAUGGGUCCGGCAUGCCCGUCUCGCAAAGAGAGUGCAGGACUAUGAUACCACUAGAAAGAAUACCAUCUACUGAAUCAACUCAACAAAUCAAAGUGUAGAUAGACGGUAUGAACUAGUGAAUGGGUCCAGGUCAACUUAGGUUUCAUUCUUUAUUCA